ACCGAACAAAAUGUUAAACAGACUUUGAGAAAUAAAUAAAUCCCGAGAGGCGUGAGAUUUAACCACACGUUAAAUCCAAAACCUCAUUGACAUCCCCGCCAUUUCUUGUCCGAAACUGACAUUGCCCAUAUAUAUUACACAACCAUGUCUCUUUCUGUCUCCCCCUUUGCUCUCUCUCAGAGCAUCAACAUUUUGCAUUCAGGAAUCAUAGUUCUUACAAUAUCGGUAUGUCGAGUUGUGGCGAUUUCUCCAACGAUUUUGACAUGCAACUGAUCGGGAACUUUCUGAGUUUUGCAUCGAGGGGAGAUAGAGUUGGACUUAACAUGAUGUUGAGGGAAGGCAUUUCUCCUAAUGUGCAGGAUUAUGAUAAGAGAACUGCUCUGCAUCUUGCAGCUAGUGAAGGACAUUCCUCGAUUGUCGAGCUUCUUGUGCAAUACAAAGCUGAUGUUAACCUUCAAGAUCGGUGGCAACGAACUCCGUUGACAGAUGCAAGGCUAUAUGGACAUCGUGACAUAUGCAGAAUUCUUGAAGUGAAUGGUGGCAGAGAUACUAUCAAUCACCAUUCAAUGACAGUUCGUCCUGAAGAAGAGUCGAAUGAAGUGGACAUCGACAUGUCAGAACUUAACAUGCAAUACUCCACGUCAAUUAAGCAGGGUGUGUAUGGAGAUUCCGAAAAGGUGAAGUGGCGUGGAACAUGGGUUGUAAAAACAAUAUUUAAAAGAGAGAUAUCUCACCCUGUUAACAUGGUGUUGACUGCAACGGAUAACACUAAUUUGAGGGAACUUCGGCAUCCUAAUAUACUGCAGUUUCUUGGAUCUAUUUUGCAUGGUGAGGAGAUGAUCCUUAUCACAGAGCAUCUAUCUGAAGGAAAUUUGGAAAACAUUUUAACGAAGAAAACUCGGCUUGACUUGGCUACAGCUAUGCGUUAUGCACUUGACAUUGCUCGGGGAAUGAAUUAUCUUCAUGGGCACAAGCCCUUUCCUAUAGUGCACAAUCAUUUGGAUCCAAGAAAUUUAUUGCAAGAUGAAGGUGGCCAUUUAAAAAUUGGUGAAUAUUGGGUCCAGAUGGUAUAUAAACGGAUACCACCUAAUCAGGAUAGCUCCCAGAGGACCAAUAUUUCCGGCAUCAUAAACAAUUCAUCUAAUAAUACAGAGAGGGAUGUUCAAUCUUUUGGAUUUAUAUUUUAUGAGAUGCUUGAGGGAAGACAACUCAAAAGAUCAAAUUCAGGCCUGAUUAAUCUCACGUCUGUUGAUGAAUUGAAGUUCCCUUUAAGUCGCUGUCCUGUAAGAAUCCAACAGAUGAUUCAGCAUUGUAUUACAAAAGAUCCUUCCAUAAAGAGGCCUACAUUUGACGGAAUCAUAGAUACACUAGAAGAAGUUUCACAGCGUCUGGGAAAAGCUGCUUGUCCAGUCUGCUGAGCAUAUUAACUGCGUGGAGCACUGUAAUGAAAGCUUUUUAUAAAAUUUCCGGUCAAGGUAUUCACCAGCAAACUUUCAUGACAUAAUGGAUAUUGCUUUAUUUACCAGUCCAUAUAUUUGUAUAUUAAUUAAUGUACAAUGUAUGACAUACAUUUACCUUUUUUAAAGAGUUUACAAUAAUAUUACA